AUGGCGGCGGCAGGCCGGGGUCGGGAGCAGGACUCUGCGCGCUUCGUCUAUGUGACGCGCUUCGGCUCGCAUCAGUGCGGUGGCGUCCUGCAGCUGGGCGGCCGCGGAGCUCAAGGCCUUUGGGGUCAGGGGUCCAGGGCUGGCUAUCGCCAGGAGAAGCCGAAGGAAGCACCGGCGAUGGCGGGAGUCCAGGGUGGCAGUGAGUUGCCCUCUGGUUCCCGGCCCAGGGUCGCCACGACCCUUGGUGUGGAGGCCGCGGCCCCUGCCUCCUCCCAGCUGCGGACGUCGAGCGUGCGAAGCGGCACCAGACCGUCGACCCGUGCAGGUUUAAUCCAGAAGGAUGCAGCUAAAAAGUUUGAUUUUCCCAUACCAUUGAAUGAAGCUUCCAAAAUAAUGAAGAAAAAGAAAAAGGUUUUAGUAUGGAAUAGAGUAUACAAAGUCAUUUCAAGAAUGCUUGAAGAAAAUGAAAAAUAUAGACACAGGCUGAAAUGCCAAAGGUUAUCUAGUGAAAGCUCAGAUUAUACAAGAUGAAUCUUCUUAUCUUCUGAUUAACCUAUCUUUGGAUGUUUCCCAAAGAAGAUUAUGAAGAACCUAAAGAUGAAACCUUAAAUGAAUCAUAAUUAUUUAAUUUAUGCUGCAUAAAGUUUUGUAGUGAAUGUGAAUGAGGAUUUUAGGUUUGCUUCAAUGUAUGUUACUUUUGAUGUGUUUUAUUAGAAUUGGGACUUUAGUAGUUGAAUAGAAAAACUACCUUCUUUAUAAAUUAAUAGUAUUUCUUUGCUAUUUAAUAAUACCUUUAGUUAAAUAUUGUUACCAUAUG